AUGGCGACUUCCACAUUCUCGUCUCGUGGUGCACAAACAAUGAACACUAUGAUCGUCAAGCCGAUGCUUAGAAAAUCGAUCCACAAGAAGAGUGCAUCGCACGAUAUAGUGAGGGAGACGGUGAAGACAGACGGCGCCGGUCGCGGAGAGGAAAUGAAGACGAUGAGAGGUUUCUCCGGCGCCGGAGAGACGUCGUCGUCGGCGAGUAGUUGGGUCCCACAUGAAGGCACGGGAAUAUACUAUCCAAAGGGACAAGAGAAAGUGAUGCAAGAUGUGCCUCCUCCUCCAGCUGGCAGCCACGUGGACGAGCUCGUUAACUGGUUCUCAUGA